UCUCUUCGAACACUGCUCGCUGCUCCGUGGAUUCAAAUUGAAUACUAUUUUAAAAGAAAUUAUUCAUCAACUGGUGAGAGAAACUCAUACCUAAGUGCACAUUGAACAAAAAAUGGUCAACGAGCUGAAUAGGCCCCAAAACGGGGAGAAUGCCGCACUCAGUGAGCGCCUGGCAGCCUCUAAUCGGCAACUACAGGAGAUGCAGGAGGAGCACCGAGAGUUGCUCCAGGAGAUGGAGACCCUCCGGCUGCGAGCCGCCGAGCUCACUGUACUGAAUGCCCAGCGUCAUCAGCAACGGCAGUCUGUCCGCAUGGUGCAAGAGGAGACAGUGACCAGCCAAGUACAAUCUAGUCAAGUGGAGGCCAGUCAAGUGGAAGCAGUGACAGAACAGUCCUCGACCUCUUCGGUUGAUACCCCCACAGAGGAAACUGCUCCAGAGACCCAGGAAGAAGAGGAGGACAAGGAGGAGACGGCCAGUUACCUGCAGCAGAAGCUCAACGAGAUAGCCCAACUGAAGGCUCAGUUUAAGCGUGUCCAGCACAUGGUAGAUACCACCAAGAUGAUCGAGGAGCACAUGUCCACCAGGCAGACAACACAGAUCAGUUCCUCCAGCACGAGCAGUCGUCAAUCCACAACAUCUGAGGUACGUGUGGCCGCCACCGAAUCGGAGGAGGCCACCGAGGGGCCAAGUUCCAGUCAAAGUACUCCUGCCGACAAUGCGGAGCUGCUGAAUACGAUGCUCAACAUGUUCACGGACUUUACCAGCGAUCUGCGGGGUCAGGCGGAGAGCCUGCGGGAGGAGAGGGAUCGUAUCAAGGCGCUGAAGGAGGAGAUAAUUCAACGCAAACAGGGAAAAUAACUUACUUAUAAAUGCUGAAUUACCAAAAGAUUGGAGUGUAUCAUUAAUAUGAAUAACUCUAAAAUGUAUACUUAUCUAACAAAUAUAUAAUUAACCCUUUUAAAACGGUA